AUGUCACACAGAGUGCCCUCCUCCUUCGAUGGCACUGAUGCCAACGACGAAGAUGAAAUGGACAUUCUCCAGAAGAUGAUCUACCGUAGCAAGCAGCAGCCUUUGGUACCCUUGGGCACGUUGCUUACUACGGGAGCCAUCAUUCUUGCCACCAAGUCAAUCAGACAAGGAAGAAAGGCUGAUACUCAGAAGUACUUCAGGUACAGAGUUGGGUUCCAGGGCUUCACCUUGGUAGCGUUGGUCUUAGGAGGCUGGUACUACCAGGCAGAAAGCAAGGCCCAGAAACUGUCUCGUGAAGAGAAGCUCAGAGAAAAGGCCAAGUUGAGAGAGAAGAUGUGGAUUGAGGAGUUGGAGAGAAGAGACCAGGUCAUUCAGGAUAGAAAGAAGCGUUUGGAGGAGUCUCGUAAGGAGUUGAUGCAGGUAGCCAACGAAGGCUUCCGCCAGGAAGCCGAAAAGGCCAAGGCAGCCAAAGAUGCAUCACGGGGCGAGUCUGGCUCGUUCCCUGAUGGAAAAUCCAAGGCUCCUGCUCCAGAUCCAGCUGCUGUUUCUUCAACUCCUCCUAAGGACUAA